AUGGGGUCAACCAUUGCUGCCAAGCCAACUAUCUCGAUUCCGAAGGAGAAUGAAGAGCAGAAGAAAGUCCCUUUGAAUGGACAGGGAGCACCAGACCACAAUCCCAACAGAUUUAAAAUCAGAACCAGUUCGUCUUCCACCACCUCCACUAUCUCUAACAACUCUCCAAACCCUCUAGAUUAUAUGGAUAUUGGUCAAGGAAGCCGGGUGAGGAGCUUUCCACAUAUUCAAGGAAAUUAUGCUCUUCAUGUUUUUAUCCCAGUUUAUAUACCACCUACAACAAUGAAAAACCUAGCACUAUUUCUGAAGAGAAUUGCGAAAGUGGUUCCUGAGCUCCAUGUUGUUGACGUUGACAUCCCACUUAGCAUCCUAUGCAAAGAUAAUCAAAAGUUUGAACAGGUGGCUCUAGGAAGGGAGGUCCACAUAAGUUUGGGAAGAACUGUUCCUAUCCGAGUCCACCAAAUAGAUUCCAUUUUGGCAAUGCUGCGUCAGAAAUUUUCACCGUCAAAGCAAUAUUGGAUAGAUUUUACCAAGUGGGAGGUUUUUGUCAAUGACGAACGAAUAAGGUCCUUUCUUGCAAUGGAAGUCGUUGCAGGAGGUUUAGCCGAGAUAACUAGGCAAAUUCAGUCCGUCAAUGAGAUUUAUAGGUUUCACAAUCUUCCAGAAUUCUAUAAGGAUCCUCGCCCACAUAUCUCACUGGCGUGGGCAUCAGGUAAUGUCGGAGAUCAACUCAAGAAAAGGGUAACGGAAGACCUGUCUGCAGGUACAAUGUCCCAAAAUAGAUGUAUCUUUACGUGCGAGUUCAAAGGUAUCAAAUGUAGGAUUGGUAAUAAGCAGUAUAAAAUUUGUAAUGUCUAGAUUAAAUUCCUUAGUGGAGGAUUAUACAGGAAUUUUAAUACCACCAAGACUGGAUAAGUGUGUAUUAGAAAGUGGAGUGAUGUAGAAAGAGGAGUUUAUGCAGAAAAGACGUGUGGUGUUGGAGAAGUAUUUGUGUAGAUUGGGGGCUCAUCAGGUGGGUGUUUUCGCAAGUUCAAGGGAAACUACCAUUGUUGAUGAGUAGGGAUGUAGCUUCGAGGAUUUUGGAUGGUGCAGUGAAUUUGCCUAGAUAGUUGUUUAGUGAUUCUACUCCGGUUGACACGGUUGUUACUGCGAAUGAAAUUGGUCAACCUGCAAAAGGAUGUGUAGAUCAAGAAAUGUGACAGUCGGUUACAAAUCAUUGGGGAGGUUCGAAUCCGAAACUUCCUGUGGUUGAAUUGAAGAAAAAGUUUGUAGAGAAGAAAGAGAAGCUUCGUGAUUCCGAGCAGCAACUGAGCAAUGUAUCUAAAGCAGGCUGACGGACUUGUGAAAGCUCAGCAAGAUAUAGGAGAAACAAUGGGAGAAUCGGGUCUUGCAUUCAUCAAAUUGACAAAAUUAGAGAAUGAGGGGCAAUGUAUGAUUGUCAGAGAACACGAUCAGCAAAUAUGAAAUGUGUAAUUCGCAAACUGUAAAACAUCUGGUACAUUACAAUUUUUAAUGAAAUGAAGUUUGAAAUACUCUUUCUAGUUGAUUU